CCGCCCGAUUCGGUUUCGUUUGCCCGAAAGUAUCGCAACUUAUGUCGUGGCCACCGAACAUUUAUUGGGUUGGAGAGUUAUCUGAAGGAAGCCAGCAGCAUGUGUCAAAGUACGAUAACCUCGGGUUACGCUCUUCAGAAUGCCGAUUUCUGGUCUUGAACGAAAUAUGGCAUAUUUCGCGUUGUGAUCAAACAGUGACCCAGUGAAAAGAUGUUCGAGAGUUCUUAGUCGAUCGUUCGGCAUGGAUCCCAAAUUAGAUACGAAGCUGUACUUCAACAUUUAUCCCUGCAAAAGAUGGCGAUCGGGAAAUUCGGCAAGAAACGCGGCUUUCUCCAGGACCGACAGCGAGGUAGCGUGCGAAGAAGCGGCCCGCCUAACUGCGGAACAACAAGAAGACGACGAUGAAGAUGAGUACUGCGACUACCACGACCUGCCGCCGCCCCCUGACGGCGGCUACGGCUGGGUGGUGGUCUUCGCUUCGUUCAUGUGCAACCUGAUCGUCGACGGUAUCGCCUACACCUUUGGCGUCUUCCUCUCGGACAUAGUGACCUCCUACGGCGAGACCAAAGGGAAGACCGCCUGGGUCGGAUCCCUCCUCUCCGGCAUGUACUUGAGUGCGGGUCCCCUGGUGAGCGCUCUGACGAACAAGUUCGGGUGUCGCGCCGUCUGCGUCUCAGGCAGCAUCAUCGCGACGGCUGCCUUCGUCCUCUCGACCUUCAGUCCAACCGUCAACUGGCUGAUGCUGACUUACGGGUUCAUGGGGGGCGUGGGAUUCGGGUUAAUCUACUUGCCGGCGGUGGUGUGCGUUGGGUACUACUUCGAAACGAAGAGGUCGCUGGCGACGGGGAUCGCGGUUUGCGGCUCGGGGGUGGGUACGUUCGCGUUCGCUCCUUUGGCGACUAUUCUGCUGGACAAUUACGGCUGGAGGGGGGCGAACCUCAUUCUGGCCGGGUUCAUACUCAAUUGCGUCCUGUUCGGGGCACUGAUGCGACCCCUGGAGUACCCUAAAGAGACCGGAGAAACGCCGCUGCUGCAGAGGAUGGCUGAGGAACGCAAGCUGCAGAUGGAGAGAGGUAGCAUAGGCGGGUCUUACUUCAUGGUGCAACUGCCAGACGGAACGAUGGAAAAAAGGAUGAAGCAACCUCUGAACAUCGACCCAGGCGUCCACUCCAGCUUGAACCUUGACCAACUCGCUCCCGGAACCCCCGUGAACCCGAUACCGACGGUCCCCACCCUUCCCACCAUCACCGAAGCUAGAGUCACCGAACAAAGCGGCAGUUCAGGCACACCCAGUCCAAGAGGUAGCAUAACCGAGAUCAAAGGCGUGAAGAAUCCCAGGGUGGAGAUCAUCCAGCAAGAAGGAAGGGUGAGGAAGGAUUCGGAGAACAGCAACGAGUUUAGUCAGAACGCUAAGGCGAUGCCGAGAAACGCUAGUCAACCGGCGUUCACAACGCAUGUCCAAGGUUUGCCCAAGAACGGAUCUGUGCCGACUUUCGAUAGGAUAAGAAAAACAUCGUUCGGGGAGAGGUUCAAACCUACUCUGAAUCCCAUAAGGGCUUCUUCUCGAGGAAGCGUGGGCAAUUCGAAUGGGGACAUGAGGAGGAGGAGGAAUGAUUCGACCGGGUCGUUCCUGAGUAGAAAUAAUAAUAGUGAGGCCGACGUGGAAAGUUUAGCUUACACUUCCAAACUCUCGAUCUCGAGUAGGAAAGAAAAACCGCUGAUGGUACGCCCUUUAUCUAGGAAGGAUAUUUUCUAUUCGGGUUCGAUCGUACAUCUUCCAGAAUUCAAAUCGCAGAAAUCGUUGACGAACUACAGGCAGAGCAUCUUAAGUCUGCCUCAGAUGAAAAACACAGAUGAUGAAGGAACACCUGGUGAUAUAUGCCCUUGUCUUGUCCUGCCAGAGAGCUUUACGUCUGCUCUUGCUCAAAUGUUAGAUGUCAGUUUGUUGAAAAACCCUGUGUUCAUGCUUAUAGGAGUUUCAAAUUUUUUCGGAAUGGCCGGUCUUUAUGUUCCUUUCGUUUACAUAGUGGAUUGCGCCAAAGCAGCUGGAAUUGCUGCUCCACAGGCUUCAUUCCUGAUAUCCAUUAUUGGUAUUACAAAUACGGUAGGACGUAUAGCUUGUGGAUACUUCGCAGAUUUUCCCCAAGUGAACGCGUUGUUUGUCAAUAAUAUCUGCCUGAUUAUAUCUACGAUCUCAGUUACACUGACCCCGCUAUGCAACACCUAUGAGUUGUACGUCGUUAUCGCAAUAUUUUUUGGGAUUGCUGUGUCCGGCUACAUCUCCCUAACCUCAAUCAUCCUGGUGGACCUCCUGGGCCUCGACAAGCUCACAAACGCGUUCGGCCUAUUGAUCCUCUUCCGAGGCGCGGCCGCCAUCUUAGGCUCGCCGAUCGCCGGUGCCUUGAUCGACGCGACGGGCUCCUAUGACGUGGCCUUCUACGUGGCGGGAGGGCUGUUUGCCAUCUCGGCUGUCACGAGCUUCAUGGCGCCGCUUCUCAAACGUUUCAUACCCGAAGAAGAACCUCAGAUGGGCGACGGGGACGCGCUGACGCCAAUCGACGAGGACGACGAAGAAGACGAACCGAUCACGAUGGGCCAGGGCGGGAAGCACGUUCCGAAGAUAGUAGAGACGGCCUCGAGUCCCGGGGAGGAGAUCCAGCUCAAGGAGUCGGUUCUAUGAAGGAGAUCAGAGAUGGAGAGUCGGUGUAUAUAUAUUUUUUAACGUGACUUGGAAUUUUUACCUAGAUUUGCAUCUGUGGAGCGUGUUUACGGUUGCUCUCGAGCAGGCAGGGUCAAGUCAAAAAUGUGUCCCAUUCGAAUAUGUCAGACAUAAAUAGGUACACUUUUGAAACAGGCUUUUGGCUAUGCCAUUGAAUGAGUAACUUAUUUGUUGAAGAUAUUUUAUUUCAUACAAAAUUGUACCCUGAGAAAAAAGGUCUUUUGUAGGAAAUUAAAUUUGUCUUUGAAAGAACAAUAUCCGUUAAUGAAAUAACAUAUUUUUCACAAGAUGAAUCUUAUAAAAAGCUAAAAUGUUUUCAUCUACAACUUUCUUGAGGUGACUCAAAACGUAGUUGUGGGUUCACAAAUUGUAAAGCUCAAAUAACUCAUUCAUUCAAUAAAUUAUUUUUUCCGCAUUAAAAAAUUAUUUUCAUGCAAACAAAUCAUCAUCAAACGAUUCCAUGAUAAUAAUAAACAGGGUUGCAUAUUUUUUUAUGAAAUUAUCACAUCCCAUCACUUGCCAAGCAAUUCAGUUUUUUGACAACAUAAUAUCUAUUUGUCACCCUCCCUGACCGAAUAUUCUUCAGAGACAAGCAUAACUAGAGUAGGGCUCUACUAUCUAGAAAUAUGUAUUUCAAAUCAUGACAUCCUCUUUUUUAUGUCGAUGGUAACAACUUGGGUCUCUUAGGUUAAAAGUUUCAAUAAAGAAAACUACACUGUAACCUUCACAAAAUGCCAUUUAAGUGAACGCUAUCAGUUCUAACUGAACAGAUUUCAAAUCGAAAAAAAAUUCAUAAAUUGGGGUUUUUUCAACCUCAGUAGAUUGAGGCACUUGAACAUUUUUUUUGUUAAUAUCCGAUUAGAGUAGAAAUAUUCAUAAUCAUAACAUGAUCAUAAUAAUUCCCGUUCCACAGCUGGAAUAGGAUUUAUAUUCAUGAUCAUGAAAUAUUUUGCAGAGAAGAUGAAUCCAAAAACUAGUAAGAGUUUUCACCAUUUAUAUAAACUGCUUUUUGUGCUAGUUUCAUUGAGAAUAAGGACAUUAAAAUACUAAGUUUAGUUUUGGAACAACCUUCACUUAUCAUGCAGUAGACAGUUUUUGAAGCCUGAUAAUUUUUAAAAUAUGUUUUACUUCAAACAUACAACAAUAAAAUUCAGAUCCAGUAACGAAAUCAAAAUGAAACAAGUGCAAAUCUUUAAUUGAAUGUCAUUUUCCAAUUUCAGAUGUCUUCAUCUUCUUGAAUCGGGAGACCUUGACAGUAUAUCCUGUCAAAAGUUCAACUUGACAGUUCAUUUUUGUCACAUGUCAUUGUAAAGUGUCACAUGUCAUUGUAAAGUGCCACAUUCACAAUUGAAAAUUUCAAAUGACAAGUACGUAUGAAAAACACUGUAGUUUUGAAAACUGGAAAGGUGGUAAGAUAUUUGGUAUAUCAUUUCUCACAAAUAUAUUAUCACUAUGAUUUGUAACCUAAUGGAACUUUGCCGGCUGAAGUUUCUAACCUAAGAUAUUACCUGGACGUCACAAUUGAAACUAAUUGAUACAGGCAGUGAAAGUAAUCCAUUAUUUCUGUGACGAUUAUCACAUCUCAACUUGUUUGUGAUGCCACAAAUAAUAUAUUCAACAUUAUCAACCAACUCUUUUCUCUAUAAACAGUGGUUUAAAAUCUAUAUGAAAACAUCUUGAGUACAAUAAUUUUGUAUAGGUAUAAUAUAUUAAUAAAUAGCCUAUGAAAUGUCUUGUCUUGUUGAAAAAUACAUUAUUGUUAGAUUUGGUUCAAAACCCAGCUAAGUUUUGAAAAUUCGAGGUACAAGGUGUCGCAAUGGGAAAAAUACUGCUUCAAAAUUCUGGUGAAGUACACCCUAAAAAAAGGUAGAGAACCUUAACUUUUAAAGGUGGUUUAAUUCCAGUGACUUUGUCUCAAACGUAUAGUUUUACAUUGUCUUUAGGAUCCCCAAACUCAACUUAAUUAGUUUUAUACAAUUCUAUAUAUAAUUUACGAAAUGAAGACUCAACCAAUUUACCAUUUGUUCAUAUUAUAUAGUUCAUAUGGUUCAAUAACGCUUUUCUGGUAAGUUUGGCAAAACAACACUCCUUCAUAAAAUGAAGAAAUGUUUGAAAUGACAGUAUUUCUGUGAAUUUUAGUCAAUAUUAAUAAGAAGUAGAUCGUGUAUGUUCAAAGUGUAUUGUUAAUUAAUUGUUAAUGUACAUAAAGUUGCGUGGACAAUAUUAUAGACCGCUAUAUCGAUUUGAUCAGGAAACUGCACAGAUCGUUUCACCAAACCCGUCUCCUUCCAACUGAAACCAUCUUAGAGAUUUUUAUAUGAAAAAAUAGUAGCUAUUUUCUUAAAGUUGAUGAAUGAUAAAUUGUCAGUUGUAAGGUAGAUCGCCUUGUUGAACAAUUGUGUCGAUUCGCUCUCAAGAGUGUUUAAUGGGCGGGCUCAGAACCCGCUACGUUAAAAAUUAGCCUUAUCUAGUAAUAGUACCUGUGCACCUCAAGUUAAUGUAAUUCGCUCUUUACAUUGUACAUGAAUAAAAAUUUAAUGAUCUCUA